AUGUUUCUUCGUCUACUUCGUUCAUAUGAUAAAACAAUAAUAUUAAAUGGAAUCAAAUUUUCUCGUUUUCUUUCUGAAUCAUCAUCAUCAUCAAGAGGACGUGCAUUAAAAUGUUAUAAUAGUAAAGAAAUUUCAUCAUCAAUGAAAUUACCCGUAUUAAAACGUGUAGCAAGAAAAAAACCAACAUGGAAAGAAACAAAUAUAUUAAAUCAACGUGAAGAACAAUAUUUUAAUGUAAUUGCAUAUGCAACUGCUGAUUGGUAUGAUUUAGAUCGAUUAAAACAACGUUUUAUUUCAUUAUCAAAACCACCUCAAUUAAUUCAUAUAUCAAAUAUGUUAGAUAAUGUUUUAUGUAUUCAAAUACAUCGUGAAAUAAAAGAAAAAAGUGAAGCAUUUAUAUUUGAUGAUGGUGCUGUUAUUUUUUGGAAUGUUCAAAGUGAUGAUGAAAAAUUAAUUUUAAAUGAAGUAAAUAAGAAAUUUUUCAUUUUUAAAAUUUUUUGUUUUAUGUUUUAUGUUUCAUUUUUCUUUUUUCUAUUUUUUUUGAUUGAUGAAGUAAGUGAUAAUCAAUAUCCAAAAGAUUUAAUUAAUAAUGAAAAAGAAAUUAUGAAUUUUAUUGAAGUUUCAACAAUGAGUACAAUUAAUAAUGAUAUUAUUAAAGUUAAUUGUCUAUCUGAAACAGAACAAUUACUUGAUAAAUAUACAUUUUCAAAUGCACUUGCACUUUCAGUUAAAUUAGGAAUUUGGGAAGCUUUACUUGAUGAUGAAGUUGAAUUUGUUGCUGAUUUAGCAAAUCGUUUAAAACAAGAACACCAUAUUAAAAUUGAACGUGGUUUAAUGCAACGUAAAAGUGGUGAACUUUAUUCACUUAAACAUGCUGUUAAUCUAAGUCAUGACUUUCUUGAUACACCGGAUUUCUAUUGGUCAAAUAGUCGAUUAGAAAAUCUUUAUAAAAAAAUCUUUAAUUAUUUUACAAUUGCUAAACGAACAAAAGUUUUAAAUGAACGUUUAAGUUUUUCACUUGAACUUAUAUCAGUUAUUGAAGCAAGUUUAAAUGAAAAAAAACAUGUACGACUUGAAUGGAUUAUUAUUACAUUAAUAUUUGCAGAAGUUUUUUUCAAUAUAAUUGAUCAUAUUGAUUUUUCUACAUGGAAAUUUUCUUCGAAAAAUUCUAAAUCUUUCGAUGAUUAA